UCCGUCCAGGCGAGGCGCGAGACAGGGAUGCUGGAUGUUGUUGCGUGGACCUCGAAGAUUUGGGCACCAAUUUGACGGGACAAGCGUUUAUUGUCCGAAGUUUUGUGUUAUUAUGGACGCUACGAUAGAAGCGAGCAAUGGUGCCUAUAGACGAUGAACUCUUGGACAGAAUGGGUCGAUCCAGAAUAGUAAACAUCAAAAUUGACUUUUCGCUUUAUAUGCCUUUGCAUAUUUUAUGUAGAAUAUUACUGCUCUCUUUGAAAUAGCACUAACGGUGUACUUUACACUACGCUUUCUUAUGGAUGUUUUCCAAGUUUCGGACAUUUCGCGCCAAAGCUAGUUGCAAUAAUUAUCUCACAAAAUUACAGUGUUUUGACGAAUUUUAGCGAGACUGUACUCGUGCGAGAAUGGACGCCGGAAGCGAGGUGUCAACUUUGGUUUCUCCCGGUACCGAUGGAAAUGCGCCAAAACAUCUGUGGAGGCAACAGAGCCCGGUUCCUCUUCAGAUCCAGAACUCUUUCGGCUCGCGCAAGAACUACCGGGUGAGACAGAGAGGCUUUUCAGACACGGAGAAGUACCUGAAUCCCAGGACCAUGGACCGGAGCUAUGCCGUGGACACCGGUAACCGUCCCGGUUUGAAGAAGUCCAGAAUGUCAUGGCCAUCAUCCUUUCAAGGACUUAAACGCUUUGAUGUGGACAAUGGCACCUCAUCAGGACGUAGUCCGCUGGAUCCCAUGGCGAGCCCAGGGUCAGGUCUCAUCCUUCAGGCCAACUUUGUGCACAGCCAGAGGAGAGAGUCCUUCCUGUACCGCUCUGACAGCGACUAUGACCUCUCACCAAAGUCUAUGUCCAGAAACUCCUCCAUCGCCAGUGACAUACACGGUGAUGACAUGAUUGUUACCCCUUUUGCACAGGUUCUAGCAAGUUUAAGGACUGUCCGGAAUAAUUUUGCUGCUUUAACAAAUGUACAACAAGAAAGGGCCAAUAACAAGAGAUCCCCGAUGUGUAACCCACCUCCCAUCACAAAGACCUCCUACACAGAGGAGGCCUACCAGAAACUGGCCACAGAGACCCUGGAGGAGCUUGACUGGUGCCUUGACCAGCUUGAGACCCUCCAAACCAGGCAUUCGGUCAGCGAGAUGGCAUCCAACAAGUUCAAGAGGAUGUUGAAUAGAGAAUUGACUCACCUCUCAGAGAUGAGCCGUUCUGGUAACCAGGUGUCUGAGUUCAUCUCCAGUACAUUCUUAGACAAGCAACAUGAGGUGGAAAUGCCAUCGCCCCAGUCCCAGAAAGACAAGGAGAAGAAGAAAAGGCCAAUGUCCCAGAUUAGUGGUGUAAAAAAAUUAACGCACAGUUCCAGCCUUACCAACUCUAACAUCCCUCGGUUUGGAGUUAAAACUGAAACAGAAGAUGAGCUGGCCAAGGAGCUUGAAGAUGUAAAUAAAUGGGGCCUUAAUGUCUUCAAAGUGUCAGAAUUUUCUGGGAACAGACCUUUAACGGUUAUGAUGUACACAAUAUUCCAGGAGAGGGACUUGUUAAAGACAUUUAAAAUUCCCCUCGACACGUUUAUCACCUAUCUGAUGACUUUAGAGGACCAUUACCAUGCUGACGUUGCCUAUCACAACAACAUCCACGCUGCUGAUGUCACACAAUCCACUCACGUCCUGUUAUCAACCCCUGCCCUUGAGGCUGUGUUUACAGACCUUGAAAUUCUUGCUGCCAUAUUUGCCAGUGCGAUACAUGAUGUUGACCAUCCUGGCGUCUCCAACCAGUUUCUCAUCAACACUAACUCUGAGCUGGCCCUCAUGUAUAACGAUUCGUCUGUGUUGGAGAAUCAUCACCUGGCUGUAGGUUUUAAACUGCUGCAGGAAGAGAACUGUGACAUCUUCCAGAACUUGACCAAGAAACAGAGACAGUCACUUCGCAAGAUGGUCAUUGACAUUGUUUUGGCCACAGACAUGUCUAAGCACAUGAAUUUGUUGGCCGAUCUGAAAACCAUGGUGGAGACCAAAAAAGUGACCAGUUCUGGGGUAUUACUGCUGGAUAACUACUCUGACAGGAUACAGGUCUUGCAGAACAUGGUGCACUGUGCAGACCUCAGUAACCCCACCAAGCCGCUGCAGCUGUACAGGCAGUGGACGGACCGCAUCAUGGAGGAGUUCUUCAGUCAGGGAGACAGAGAGCGGGAACGCGGCAUGGAGAUCAGCCCCAUGUGCGACAAGCACAACGCCUCAGUCGAGAAGUCCCAGGUGGGCUUCAUCGAUUACAUUGUCCACCCACUGUGGGAGACGUGGGCAGACCUGGUGCACCCAGACGCCCAGGACAUCUUGGACACGCUGGAAGACAACAGGGAGUGGUACCAGAGCACCAUCCCCCAGAGCCCCUCUCCGGCUCUGGACACCAGCAGCGAGGGCAGACGCACCGCCGGCCAGGAGAAGUUCCAGUUUGAACUGACUCUGGAGGAGGACGGGGAAUCCGACACGGAGAAGGACAGCGGCAGCCCUCCUGAUGAAGAGGAAGAGGAAGAGGAAGAAAACAGCUGCAGUGACUCUAAAACCCUUUGCACACAGGACUCUGAAUGUACAGAGAUCCCCCUGGAUGAGCAGGUGGGGGACGCACAGGAGGACGAGGACGAGGAAGACGAGCAGGAGGAGGAAACGGAAAUAUCAGAACCCUGUGUUUUAGAGGAGGAAGAGGAGGAGGAGGAGGAGGAGGAGGAAGAGGACACUGCCAACACAUAACACAGUAUGACACGGCACCAGAACUUUUUUAUAUUAGAGAUGAGAAACACUUAUUUAUGGUUAAGAUAUUAGUUUUUUUUCAUUGUCUAUUUUGCAUACGUCGUUCAGAAGUGCUUUUUUAAAUGUCCGCCUUUAACAUGUUUUUAUUUUUCAUUCCUCACUUCCUUUUCUGUAUUUUUUUUUUUUUUUUUUAGUUUUAACCAUUUUUACACUCAGGAAUAUCUUUUCCACUCCCACCUGUCAUUCAUAAAGACAAACUAAACAAACGAAAGGUUGAAAAGCUCGACUUGUAUUCCUGAUCGUGAGGUACUUUUAUUUAUUCAUUUUUUUUGACUGAAUCAGUAUUUCAGAAACGUUUAACUUAGAAAGCAGCUGUUUUUCACCAAUGAGACACAAUAUUUUCCUGUUUAUCUGAAGGAAAGUGGCAAUUCGAAGCAUUUUAGCAGACAAACACUUUAGAAGUGAAUACUUCAUGCUUUGAACUUCACGUCUUCCUGAUGCCUUGAAUGUGUUAUUAAUCUGGAUUUAGCUGUCUGUUGUGUUUGUGUAUCAGUCAUUAUUUGAAGUGAAUGGACAUGGUACCAAAGUGAAGAGAACUCAUGAGACACCACUUUCACAUGAAAGCACCCAUUUUCAUUUAAAUGACCAUAUUGGGGGUAAAUAUGUAAAUGUGGUAAUUUCCACUUUUUUAUUUGUUUUUACUUUAUUCGCUGCAUCCAAUCCAGAUCUCAAUACAUAUAUAUAUAUAUAUAUAUAUAUAUACACACACACACACACACACACACACACACACACACACACAUAUAUAUAUAUAUAUAUAUAUAUAUAUAUAUAUACACACAUAUAUAUAUAUAUAUAUAUAUAUAUAUGGGUUUUUGCUCAGUUAAUUAAUACCUAAUUAUGACCAACAUCUAAAAAAAUCCCCAAGAACAAGAAACGAAAUCUGUUCUAAAAUAAUAGCUUGAAUAAGCCUUAAAUGAGUUUUGCCUAUCAUUGUUUUCUAUUUUGCUAGAAAUGCAGUAAAAUGAAUCCUGGUGAUCAUUUUAUAUCAAUAACAAUAUUAUUACAAAGAAUUAGAAAUUACUACAAUAAUUAUUAUUAUAAUUAAAUACUGAUGAUGAUGAGGAUGAUAAUGAUAAUAAUAAUACGUAUUAUUAUGAUUAUUAUUAUUAUGCCCCUGCUUUUUUUUCUCAUAAAUGCUGGCCAGCUGUUUGGUGCCAUACGUCCCUGGCCAGUUAAACAGAAAACGGCUGACAUAAAUAAUCAAGCUCAAUUUAGUGUGUUGUCACAUGAUCACGGGACAAUCAGCUUCAGUGCAAAGUCUCAUUGUAAGUGUGAACCUAGUUGCACUGUACUUUUUCAUUUCGCUAGGUUUUUGUUUUUUCUUUUUGUUUUUUUAUUGUCAUUAAUAUUUAUUUUACACUGCCAAACAUUACCAGUUGCAAUGACUUUAAUUGCUGCUUUACUCAUCUCUGUCAAGUGUCUCACUGUGCAAACAUACUCUUCGUUGUGUUACGUUAAUGCUAGCAUUAUUUAUUAAUGCUCUUUGAUGUGCGUGUAGCAUAUUAAAGCGUUUUAAUCAAACUGUAGCAUCGGCAAUGCAGGCUUAUCCUUAAUAUAUUGUUUUGAUUAUACAUAUGCAGUAAAUAUACCUAAUCAAAUGUACAAAAUUCUGUAUAAUAUCGAAGCCUUUUGAAACAACCCCUUUCUCGUUGCUUUCUUUACUCUAUUUAAAAACUCAUUCUGUUGCCAAGUUUGCUUUUUUUGUCAGUAGUUUAUAUAUUUUUUGAAUUGUCUCCAUUCUUUACAUUGUUUUUCAUUUCUCUCUGUUUACAUACAUGUAUUUAUUGUGCUGUACAGUACAUAUUGUUGCUCUUAUCAUGUGGUUGUAAAUGAUUAUAUCAUCCCUUUUGGUGAUGGUGUUGUAUUAUGGAACUCUUACUGAGAGAAUGUUUGUUAUUUUUAGUAUGUAAUGAUCCCAUUGAUAUGUGUCUCUAGAGAGAUUGCGUAGAGAAAGGGAAAGCCAAAUUAUAGUCAUUACUGUGUUUAUUUUUCAUUCUUUCUUUCUUUUUAAAAGAAAGUGGUUCCGUGGCCUGAGGGUUGUGCCUUACAGAUAGCUCUUUAGAUUUUAUCCUCUUGCUGCACUAAAGAAACUACUGGCUGGAAACUGACCUAGAUGUGUUUGUCGUGUUCCUCCUGUUUAUGUGGCAUAAACGCUCCCAGCAUAAAACAAAAACAAAAAAAAAAAUAG